UUGAUUAAUCGAUAAAGAAAGGGGGCUCUUUCAGUUUUAACGCUUUCCGCGAUGGUUCUCCGGCCUCCGCCUUCCCCACCUGGUAGCGCCUAACCCAGUUCCGAGUCGCCAGUUGAGACUUGAGAUGUGAGGUCCACCGACGGCGGAGAUGGCGCGGGAGGAGUUGGUGCCGGCGGCGGAGGUGCAGGCCUCUCUAAAGAAGAAGACAGCGGCGGCAAGGAGCUGGAUUCUGUUCGAUUCCCAUGGGGAAGGCACGAUCUUGGACGUCGACAAGUAUGCGAUCAUGCACCGAGUUCAGAUCCACGCGCGGGACCUUAGGAUUCUUGAUCCUCUCCUCUCGUACCCUUCUACGAUUCUGGGACGGGAGAGGGCCAUCGUUCUCAACCUGGAACAUAUAAAAGCGAUCAUCACCGCGGAAGAGGUUUUGCUUAGGGAUCCCUUUGAAGAAAAUGUUAUUCCGAUCGUGGAAGAGCUUCGUCGACAAUUACCAUCAGCAAAUUCUAUCAACCAAGCACGAGUUGAAGGGAUGGAAAACGGUGGAUUUAGUGGUCCACAUGAUAUAGAGGCCAUGGAAGAAGAUGAAUCUCCGUUUGAGUUUCGAGCUCUAGAAGUUGCUUUAGAAGCUAUUUGUAGCUACCUUGAUGCGCGCACUUCUGACCUAGAGACUGCUGCUUACCCAGCUUUAGAUGAACUCACUUCCAAGAUUAGCAGCCGUAAUUUGGAUCGUGUGCGCAAGUUAAAGAGUGCCAUGACUAGGUUGACUGCUCGGGUUCAAAAGGUAAGGGACGAACUUGAGCAGCUAUUAGAUGAUGAUGAUGAUAUGGCCGAUCUUUACUUGUCAAGAAAAUUGGCUGGACCAUCUUCCCCUAGCAGUGGUUCUGGUGUUCCUAAUUGGUUUCCUACUUCACCAACCAUUGCUUCUAAGAUAUCUAGAGCAGCAAGUAGGGCAAGUGCAGCUACUAUCCAUGGAAAUGAUAAUGACGUUGAGGAACUGGAAAUGCUACUUGAGGCAUAUUUCAUGCAAAUUGAUGGCACAUUCAAUAAGUUGACUACACUACGGGAAUAUAUUGAUGACACUGAGGACUAUAUCAAUAUUCAGCUUGACAACCACCGAAAUCAACUUAUUCAGCUAGAGUUGUUCUUGAGUUCUGGCACGGUGUGUCUCUCACUAUAUGCAUUGGUUGCUGGCGUAUUUGGAAUGAACAUUCCAUAUUCAUGGAAUGAUGGCCAUGGAUAUGUAUACAAAUGGGUUGUCAUUAUCUCUGGACUUGUAUGUAGUUUUGUGUUUAUUUUCAUUAUUGCUUAUGCUCGCUACAAAGGACUUGUUGGGUCUUGAUCCACAUUAGUGUACAAACCUCAGGAGCUACACAUCUCAAAAUAAACAUUCAGUUACAGGAAAUUGUUUUUGAAGCUGGGGAAGACAAACCACAUGAGGAUCAUCAUUGGUUUAGUGAAUCAAAGAUCUUGUCUAUAUUCCCGUACGAAUGUCCGAAGAAGCAUAGGAAAAAUAAUUUUCUUUGAGUUUGUUAGAUUGAGCUAUCAGGCUGAAGUCAUGAGCAUCAUUGUUGUCUACGAUAUUGGUACAACAUGAAAAUUGUACGGUCAAUACUCAAUACCUAUAAAUGUUUAAUCAGCAUAUAUUAUAUUUAAUGUGCCUUGGUUACA